CGUGAAGAAAAGACGAGAAAAUUUUCUCUCAAAGUCGCUCGUGUCCGGGUUAAUAAAUUACGAUGUGCAUUGCUAUCUAUUGUUAUAAAUGACUAAGUAGCUUUUCCGGAAAAACACGCAAAAAUAACGAACCUUCGUGCAGUUACACUUGUUUCUAAUAAUCAGCUGACUUCCGGAACUAAUACGGGAGAAAAUGUUAGUGAGGCCUUUCGUUCUUUUCGCUUGACAUAACAGCAUUGCCACAGGCAAACAAGUUCUUUAUUUGUUAGUAAUUUUGUUAAUCAAAGACUGACACGUUUAGCUUUUCGUAAUCUAAGCUUGUUUGAAACUAAACUGGUAUUAAUAUCCGUAUAAUCGUGGAACUGUUGGAAAAUAAUUCGAAGCAGAUAAUUUACUGCUAUCAGUUUAAAAAUAAUAUGAAUUCUGAAGAAGGUGCAAGCAAUAGCCAGAAUAAAAGUGAAACAAAAGUAGAUGGAAGUUUAAAAAAAAAUGGUAAUCAACCAAUUGAACAGUCAACUAAACCAGCUAAAGUUAUACAACUUGAAAGUAAAUUAAAUGGAGAUCAAGUGAAGUUAAAUAACAAAUUGGGAGACAAUGGUGCCAAGAAUCUUUUGUCUUCUAAAGGUUCAGUUACAUUUACUAAUGGUACAAGAUCCACGCAAGCCACUGCGUGUAAUUUUACCAAUUCUGUGGACCAAGACACAAAUGAUGAUAUGACGAAUGCAAGUGUAUCUUCUAUGUUUUUACAUACCAACAACAUUAGAUCUCCAACUGUGAACACUGCUGUUACAAGUCAAUUGAAGCAUAAGACUGUAAUGAACUCGGGUGCUUUAAAUUUGCCUAAGUCUCAGAUGCACUUAAAUUUAUCUUCCAGUCAAAAUAACACACAUGUGAAUCAUACUUGUAUAUCAGGUCCUUAUAACUGUGGCGGUACAUCAAAUCCUAUUAUACAUUUAAAUAGUUCUGCAUCAAUUUCAUCCACAAUACAGUCAAAUUUAUCAACAACCAAACCAAAUGAGGAUAUUGAUAUGAAAAAUAAUGUAGAUUAUAUGUCUGGAAUUGAAAAGUGUCCCUCAAAAGUGUCAUGCAGUUCAGACUCUAGUCCUGAAAUGGAUAGUGCCUGGGCAUCUAGAUCUUAUGGGUCUAACAGCAUAUUAAAUAAUAUAGGGGGUAGUAUAGGUUCAACAAGUCAAGGAACAUGUUGUUUCUUAAGACCUAACAUUAAUGGGAAUAGAGAAGUGGCAGGGCCAAGUGGGUUACAAAAGAAUACACAAAGAGAGCUAACUGAGAGGAGGGAUUCAAGUUCUGGGAAUGAGGGUGAUAUGUCAGAUGGGGAAGAUUAUUGUAUUUAUACAUAUAAAGGAAAUGAUGAUGCAGUUCAUUUGGUUCAAAAGGAAGAAGUAAAUCAAGAACAAGUGGAAGAACGCGAAGAGGAGGGACAAUGUCACAGUGGUAGAUCAAGUCCAGAGAUGGACUUUUUAGAAAUGGACUUUGAUCCUGGGCCUUCUUGUGAGCAGGAUACAGGAGAUAGUGAUUUGGCCUCUAUAAAUGAAGAUAUACAGAAUAUAGCAUUAGAUAAUGUAGAGCCAGAUCCAGUAUUAAAUGACUUAAGUAGUGGUAAAGUUGUGGCUAAACAAGGAAUUGCAACUACAUCACAAAAUCCAAAGCAAAGUGUACAAAAUGUGAAUAACACAGAACCUCAGCCAUGUUCCAGCAGUAACCAACCUGCACUAGAACCUAGUAUAAAAUCAAGUUAUCCUUCAUCGUGGAUGCCAAGUACUAGUAGUGGAGCUGGAAAAUGGGAAACUACUGGAACGUAUCGUAGUACAAGGUGUCCUUUACGAGAAUCAUACGGAUAUCACAAUACAAGUGGAGACCUUAUUUCACCUGGUGACAAUAGAGAUUCGGACGCCGAAUUGUGGGUCGAUUCCUCAUCAUCUUCUGUUCCAGAAAACUCAAGUUUAAAUUCUAGGAGAGUGAAUCUCAGUUCAACUCUUUACCACCGCAUGAUGGCAAAGAAAUUGAUGCUCAAUAAGCAAGCUGCAUUUAAUCAGAGUGGUGACUCGAAUCUAGAAAACGAAUUAUCUAACGAACGAUUAGAUGGCCUUUUACCAGUUGAGAAAGUUAUGUUAUGGAGUGAGCAAGAAGCUACAGUAAAACAAGUAACUCAAAUUGGAACUUCCGCAUGUGGUGCUACUGCUGCAAUAAAUGCUUUGUUGGCAUUAAAUGUAUCCUUUUCGUUGGAAACAUUAGUAAAAGGUGUGAAUACUAGACAAAGGGAACCGGGGACACCAUUACCGCGAUAUCUAUACAGUCGAUCAGUGGCAGGAUCGACUCAUAGAGAUCUCGCACGUGGUAUAGCAUUAUGUACAAAUGGAUCAGUAAUAACAAAGUUUUUUGCAUUUUAUCCGGAAAGGAAAGUUUCUUUGUCUCAUUGGCUACACUAUUGGAUAUCGAGAGGUGCUGCACCCAUAGCGACGUUAAAUUUACAACAUUGUGGAGAGGGGUGUGAUAUUCCUGAUGCAUGGCAUCAUCAAAUGAUAUUUGGUGUGGGACAAGCAGGAAUAUAUUUAACUAAUCCAUUAGAAUGUUUACCAGAACAGUACGUUUGGCAUCAACUUGUAAGUCCUAGUGUUUUACUAGUACGAAGAGCGGAUAUUUUAGCUCACUGGAAUCCUAAUACCGAUUUAACUCAACUCGCUACUAUGGAUCAAAAGUGGCGAAAGCUCAAUGUUCUCGGUCAAGUUGUAAAUAUGGUACGCGAAGCAAUGACUCAGAGACGCCAACUAAAUAACGUAUCUACUGGUGCAACUCACAUUCGUAUUCCUGCAUCUUAUCAAGCAGGCAUUACAUUAGUUAUGUGUGCAGAUUCCGCUGCUGCUUCCGAGUUGUUACAUGCUGAACAAUUACCAUUACUCUAGUCUUGUUAAUCAAAAUUAAUAAAAUCCAGGCUGCCCCUUUUUAUUUGUAAUAAAUUUAAUUAGCAGGCUGGUCCGCACAAUGUUGUUUACAAUAGUUCAUUUACUAUGUAAGACAG